CAUCAAGAGUGGAACCUUCCCCCAUGGUUCUGGUGAUGGGUGUGAUGGGUGGAGUGUUGCUGGUGGUGGCGGUGUUGCUGAUGGCUGUGUGGUGGAUGAGGUCAAGGGACAGGAGAUCUCAUCAAUCCACCAAGACUGUUACACAUAUCGUCAAGAAAGAGAAGAACCCAGAUUUGUUACGCAUGGACAACACUGAUGACAGUGACGGCGAAGACACUACUUGUGGAGUCCCUUUGAAGAGCAGCACGAGUCUUAUAGACGACACUUCACUGGAGCUUGAAAAAGUACCAGAAGAAAAUGAUGGCAUUUCUGGGUCUGCAACCCGUCUCAUGAGCAUGGCUCCUGCCAGAAGCUCUCGAGGUCGAGAAACUAAAGGAAGUGGAGUCCAGAACAGAUUCAGUGCUCCACAGCAGCAAUCAGUAAUGGUGGAUUAUCCAGCCGCGAUAAGGAACUAUGCACGGUACGGUGACGACCCGAUAUCACUGUACGCGUCAUCUUCCCCUGACGUAAACGACCGCACUCGACUCACAGCCUCGGUUGCCUCCCCAGCCACGUCUACCAGAAGCGCAAUGCUAAACUUGGAAGACAGUGGCUUGCUCGUUGACUCCAUGGGGACUCCGAGCUCCAGCAUCGGCGGUAUAGGAGGCAGUUUGCUGCGUGGUUCUAGAGACAGAGAAGCAGAACUCAGUAUUUCAGUUGCUGAAGCUGAUCCCAGAAGACAGACGACAGUCAGGUUACUUCGGAGUUCUAGUCCAGAGAGCUCGUGUUAGAGAUAGAAGGGCAAGUGUUAAAAGAUACUGCUCA